CAUCUUUCUAURGUGCGUGUGAUGAUUUUGACAAUUUUCGUUUAGUCGGCUGUGGUUCGGUUURGAUUGCGAGUAAUUUUCAAGAUUGAAAGGUUUUGCUCUCUUUGAGAAGCUUAUUAUCUCGACCAAAUCGAAAUUAGUCGAUUUACGCAUUAGUCAACGUUAUAGUGAGCAUAGAAAUGGCAGCAAACCCAAGUUAUAAUCAUGGCGAUCCGAAUCGUCAACCUGCAAACGCAUGGCCACCUGGCUAUGAGGCACCGUAUCCUCCACAACCAGCCUAUCCUCCAGUAAAUACUACAGCUACACCACAAGGUUACCCUCCUCCCAACAACCCAGCAUAUCCUCCACCUCAAGUUGGAUACUAUCCCCCUACUUCUGGAGGAUUUUCGCAGCCUCAAGGACAACCGGCACCGCCAACGUACGAAGAGUCGACGAAGCCCRCAACGUAUUACAAUAGYGAUCCUUACCAGUAUGAUGGGCAAGUUAUUKCUUUCACCGAUAAAACCAUUCGAAUGGCUUUCAUCAGAAAGGUUUUCUUCAUUCUUUCAUUGCAACUGACCGUUACAGUCGGAACUAUUUGUCUCUUUAUAUUCUGUGAGCCAGUUAAACACUUUGUUCAGCAYGAAGAAGGAGGAUUUUGGGUGUACAUCACUUCCUAUGUUUUGUUCUUUAUCCUUUAUUUCAUCCUUGUUUGCUGUGAUAGUGUCAGGAGGAGUUAUCCAUCAAAUGUCAUCUGCUUGGUGCUUUUUACUAUAACUCUGUCAUACCUUGUGGCAGCCAUUUCCAGUUACCACCAGACUAACAUUGUCCUGAUACUGAUGGGAGUUACAUGUUUGGUGUGCUUCUCUGUGAUGCUGUUUGCCUGUCAAACUAAGUACGAUUUCACCAAGUGGGGUGGUGUUCUGUUCUGUUGUGCUCUGGUGUUGUUCUUUAUGUCCAUCUUCACACCAAUUUGGAUGCUUUURAAUACAACUGCUGGCAAAAUAGUUCUUGGAGGAGCACUAGCUCUCUUGUUUGUCGCUUUCCUUGCAUUCGAUGUCCAGAUCAUCAUGGGUGGAAAGAAGUAUGAGCUCAGCCCAGAGGAGUACAUCUUUGCUUCUCUCACUCUUUACUUGGACAUAAUCAGGAUCUUCCUGUUGCUUUUGGCAAUAUUUGGAAGGGGAAAUAACUGAYCUGUUAACAAAUGAACUAUCUGCAAGAUGAGAUUUACUGUUAUAAGGCUUUAGUACAAUAUUAUAGGAAAGGAUACAAUGAACUGAGCAUUUUAGUAAGUCGGGUGUGUGUGGAAUAUCUUUAGUUAAUGCUCAGACAUUUUCAGAUUUGUUGUAGUACAAACAUUAUAAGAUAUAUAAUCCUAGCUUCCUAUCUAAGCAGCUUUUUAACUGAGGUUUGUUGGCUGUCAGAUUUAUAGUCCACUCACAGAAACUCAUCUAUG